CUUCGCGUCCAAGUUGCCAGCCGCAAGUUUCUCUUUCCUUCGUGCUUCUUGAGGUCUCCAGUAGCAACUUUAUAUUAUUUUAUUGUGUGCCGAAGAUGCUUGUAGUUUCUUCAAGAUUUUUCUUCUCCGGCGGUUCAGAGAGGUGUGGCGCUGCAGCACACUUCUCUUUGGCGGUUUAUUAUUAUAUUAGGUGUUGUGUUCCAACAAAGCCAACGCCGAAGGCUGAGAAUUGGUGGAAUUCACAGCAGGGGGUGGACCGUGUUGAUUUGAGCACUCCCCAGGUGAUCUCCUUGCUUUUCUCCAUUCCUGCUUUGAUUGCACCUUUUUCUUCUGAUUAAGGUGUGUGAGAUGUCUUUUAUUGUUAUUUGAAUUAAUGUCCCUCCAAAUUGAGUUCUGAGAGACAUCUGUGCAAUUCGCAGAUCUAAAUUGUGGAAUCUGGCUUUCUUUUAAGGCUCUGCUCGAUCAAUCUCUUAUUUGGUCAAUAACUGCCUUUAUUUUCCCCACACGAUGUACAUCCAAACAAGAAGAAGGAUAUUGAACUUUCCCUUCUCUUCUCCUCUCUCCAAUUCCUUUGUUUUAUUUUCCCUACAUUUCCCUCUCAACUUAAAUUGCCAAACAAACUGGAAAAGAGAAAAGCUCAUUCAUGAAGUUCUAAAUUCCGGGGUAUCUUCCUCAUUGAUCCCUCCACAUGGAGGAGAUUAUGAAGGUGGAGAUGAACAAUGGAAAGUGCAUGACUACGAAGUGUUCUUGAGUUUUAGAGGAAAAGACACUCGCAAAGGUUUCACUGAUCAUCUUUAUGCUAGUCUUGUCAACACAGGAAUUCACGUAUUUAGAGAUGAUAAUGAGCUCCAUGUUGGUGAGGUGAUUGGUUCGGAGCUUCUUAGAAGUAUUACAAAUUCUAAGAUUUCGAUCCCAAUUAUCUCGGAGAAUUACGCUUUUAGCAAAUGGUGCCUUUGCGAGUUAGCUCAGAUGUUGAAGUGCAGGAGAAGUGGAGGGCAAAUAGUGUUGCCAGUAUUUUACAAAGUGAAACCUUCACACCUACGACAUCUUACAGGGAGAUUGGGAGAUGCUAUCAAGGCACAUAAGAAGGAUUUAGAUGAUACGGUUGUGAAAGAAUGGGAAGAAGCACUCAAAGAAGUCAGCAACUUGAAAGGAUGGGAAUCAGAGAAAAUUGACAAUGGGCACGAAGGAGCUUUGGUCAAAAUUGUUGUCAGGAAAGUUAUGAACGAAUUAAAAACACUUUUCCUCCUAAAUGUUCCAGAACAGUUGGUGGGCAUUGAUGAUCAUGUGGAACAAAUUAUGAGCUCGAUAGAUGGUGAAUUCAAUGAUACAAGGAUUAUUGGAAUUUAUGGAAUGGGUGGCAUCGGUAAGACAACUCUUGCAAAAUUGUUAUACAACAAACUCUUUGAUCAUUUUGAGCACCAUAGCUUUGUGGCAAACAUUCGAGAAACAUCUCAGCGAAAGGGAAUUGAAUGCAUACAAAAGCAGCUCAUUUAUGACAUAAUAGGAUUUUCAAAUGGUGUUUCUAAUGUUGAUGAGGGAAUUAGUUUGAUCAAAUCUCAAUUUAGACAUAAGAAAGUCCUUGUUCUUCUAGAUGAUAUGGAUGCCGAUACUCACUUAUAUGCUUUGGCUGAAAAUAGUAGUUGGUUUGAAGCAGGAAGUAUAAUCAUCAUAACAUCUAGAAAUAAGAGUAUUCUUGACAGGGCUAGGGCGGCCCCCAUGUAUCAACUCGAUGAGUUGCCUUUGGAUAAAUCAUUGACUUUAUUUAGUAGACAUGCAUUUCGAAAGGAUUAUCCUCCAAGUGAUUAUAAGGUUAUCUCUUGUGAUGUCGUAUCAACUACGGGAGGGCUUCCUUUAGCUCUCGAAGUUAUAGGUUCAUUCUUAUGUGGAAAGGGAGAAGAAGUAUGGAAAGAUACAUCAAAGAAAUUAAAGAAAGUGCCAGAUAAGAAAGUGCAAGAGACAUUGAGGAUAAAUUACGAUGCCUUGGAUUAUGAGGAGCAACAGAUAUUUUUGGAUAUUGCAUGUUUUUUUACUGGAUCACCUAAACAAAGUUUGACCUAUAUGUGGGAAGCAUGUGAUUUUUACCCAGAGAAAGGGAUUGAAGUAUUGCGCCUUAUGUCCCUAAUUAAAAUUGACAAAGACGGCAAGCUAAUGAUGCAUGAUCAACUGAGAGAUCUUGGAAGGGAAAUCGUUCGUCUAGAAAAUCAUAAGGAGCCUGGAAAGCGUAGUAGAUUAUGGAAUCAUGAGGAAGUUGUAGAUGUGCUUGACAACAACAAGGGCAGUAGUAAGAUUGAGGCCCUUCAUUUUGGCAAAUAUGACUGGCAAGAAAGCUACACAGCUGAACAAUUUAAAGAACUGACAAACUUGAGGUUCCUUCAUGUGAACGGUGCAAAUUUCACCGGAGAUUUCCAGAACUUACUUCCUCAAUUAAGAUGGUUUCACUGGGAGGGUUGUCGCUUGGAUUUCAAUAUAGCCAACUUACAUCCAAAGAAAUUAGUCAUGCUCAAUCUGUCACGGAGUGGGAUUUCGGAGGAAUGGGGAGGAUGGGAUUCCCUAAAGAUGGCAACUAAGCUCAAAGUUCUAAAUCUCUCGUAUUGUCAAUCUUUAAGAAGAACUCCUGAGUUGUCUACUUUCGAAAACUUGGAGAAUUUGAUUCUUGAACAUUGUGAGUAUUUGAAAGAGAUUCAUCCUUCUAUUGGGGACAUCAAGACCCUCGUCUCUUUGGAUGUCAGGAAAUGUUAUAGACUGAAGGAGCUACCGGUGGGAGUAGGUAGAAUGAAAGAAUUGAGGGAGCUUCUCUUAGAUCAUACUUGGCAUAUACAAGAUAUUCCUAUUUCAAGGGAUUGUUUGAUGAAGCUGGAGACUCUAAGUGCCUCAUUUUGUAAACGACUUGUUCAACUUCCAGAAUCCAUGGGUUCCUUUGUAUCUUUAGCUCAAUUGAACCUAUCUCAUUCAGGGAGCAAAGAUUUAUCUGAAUCCAUGGGCUCUCUUGUGUCAUUGACUCAUUUGGACCUAUCUUAUUCAAGGAUUAUUGAAUUACCUAAAUCCAUGGGCUCCCUUGUGUCAUUAACUAAGCUGAACUUAUGUAAGACACAAAUCACAGAAUUACCAAAAUUCAUUGGUUCUUUGAAGAAGCUCCAGACUCUUUACGUCCGUUAUUGUUCAUUGCUAGCCCGCAUACCUAGCUCCAUAGGUCAACUAGCAUCUCUUCAAGACUUGUCAUUACGGGAAUGUCGAUUGUUGAGAGAAAUUCCCAAUUCUAUCGGAAAGUUGGCUUCAUUGACUACAAUGGAUUUACAUUGGACAGCAAUUGAAGAAUUGCCAGAAUCCAUUGGUUCUUUGAAGAAGCUCCAGAUGAUUGAUGCCUCUUACUGUGCAUCAUUAGCUCGAAUACCCAGCGCCAUAGGCCAUCUAGCAUCUCUGAAGUCCUUGUUCUUACAAGGAUGCUGCUCAUUGAGAGAAAUUCCUGAUUCAAUCGGAAAGUUAGCAUCAUUGACGGAGCUGCAUUUAAAAGGGACAACAAUUGAAGAAUUACCUGAAUCAAUUGGUUCUCUAAAGGAGCUCGAGACUCUUAAUGUUUCUUGGUGUAAAUCGUUAACCCACAUACCCAGCUCUGUAGGCGACCAAGUAUCUUUGACGCACUUGUUAUUACAGGGUUGCCACUUAUUAAAAGAAAUACCAAACUCGAUCGGAAAGUUGGCAUCAUUGACUAAGUUGGACCUAUCUGAGACGGGGAUUGAAAAAUUACCAGAAUCCAUUGGUUUUCUGAAGGAACUUGAGACUCUUGACGCCUCCAAUUGUGUAUUGUUAGCCCACAUUCCUAGCUCCAUAGGCCAUCUAUCAUCUCUGUCUCUCCUUGAUUUGAGGAAAUGCCAUAAGCUCACUCAACUUCCAGAAUCCAUGGGCUCCCUUAUGUCGUUAACUCAUUUGUAUCUAUCUUGGACAGGAAUUGAAGAAUUACCAAAAUCCAUUAAUUCUUUGAAGAAGCUCAAGAUUCUUGAUGCCUCUAAUUGUGCAUCAUUAACCUGCAUAUCCAGCUCCAUAGGCCAUCCGGCAUCUUUAUAG